ACCAGAGUGCGGGCUGCACGGAGACCGCGUCCGCGGCCGGAGAGCCCGGCCCAGCGCCUUCCCAGAGCGCGGCGGUGCCUGCCGGGCGCCAUGCUUCUGCUGGGCAUCUUAACCCUGGCUUUCGCCGGGCGAACCGCUGGAGGCUCCGAGCCAGAGCGCGAGGUGGUCGUUCCCAUCCGACUGGACCCGGACAUCAACGGCCGCCGCUACUACUGGCGGGGUCCCGAGGACUCCGGGGAUCAGGGACUCAUUUUUCAGAUCACAGCAUUUCAGGAAGACUUUUACCUACACCUGACGCCGGAUGCUCAGUUCUUGGCGCCCGCCUUCGCCACUGAGCAUCUGGGCGUCCCCCUCCAGGGGUUCACCGGCAGCUCUUCAGACCUGCGACGCUGCUUCUACUCUGGGGACGUGAACGCGGAGCCGGACUCGUUCGCAGCUGUGAGCUUGUGCGGGGGGCUCCGCGGAGCGUUUGGCUAUCGAGGCGCCGAGUACGUCAUUAGCCCGUUGCCCAACGCCAGCGCGCCGGCCGCGCAGCGCAACAGCCAGGGCGCGCACCUUCUCCAGCGCCGGGGCGUGCCGGGCGGGCCUUCCGGAGACCCCACCUCUCGCUGCGGGGUGGCCUCGGGCUGGAACCCCGCCAUCCUGCGGGCCCUGGACCCUUACAGGCCGCGGCGGGCGGGCUUGGGGGAGAGUCGCAGCCGGCGCAGGUCUGGGCGCGCCAAGCGUUUCGUGUCUAUCCCGCGGUACGUGGAGACGCUGGUGGUCGCGGACGAGUCAAUGGUCAAGUUCCACGGCGCGGACCUGGAGCAUUAUCUGCUGACGUUGCUGGCAACGGCGGCGCGACUCUACCGCCAUCCCAGCAUCCUCAACCCCAUCAACAUCGUUGUGGUCAAGGUGCUGCUUCUUAGAGAUCGUGACUCCGGGCCCAAAGUCACCGGCAACGCGGCCCUGACCCUGCGCAACUUCUGUGCCUGGCAGAAGAAGCUGAACAAAGUGAGUGACAAGCACCCCGAGUACUGGGACACCGCCAUCCUCUUCACCAGGCAGGACCUGUGUGGAGCCACCACCUGUGACACCCUGGGCAUGGCCGAUGUGGGCACCAUGUGUGACCCCAAGAGAAGCUGCUCUGUCAUUGAGGACGAUGGGCUUCCAUCCGCCUUCACCACUGCCCACGAGCUGGGCCACGUGUUCAACAUGCCCCAUGACAGUGUGAAGGUCUGUGAGGAGGUGUUUGGGAAGCUCCGAGCCAACCACAUGAUGUCCCCGACCCUCAUCCAGAUCGACCGCGCCAACCCCUGGUCAGCCUGCAGUGCUGCCAUCAUCACUGACUUCCUGGACAGCGGGCACGGUGACUGCCUCCUGGACCAACCCAGCAAGCCCAUCUCCCUGCCCGAGGAUCUGCCCGGUGCCAGCUACACCCUGAGCCAGCAGUGCGAGCUGGCCUUUGGCGUGGGCUCCAAGCCCUGUCCUUACAUGCAGUACUGCACCAAGCUGUGGUGCACUGGGAAGGCCAAGGGACAGAUGGUGUGCCAGACCCGCCACUUCCCCUGGGCCGAUGGCACCAGCUGUGGCGAGGGCAAGUUCUGCCUCAAAGGGGCCUGUGUGGAGAGACACAACCUCAACAAGCACAGGGUGGACGGUUCCUGGGCCAAAUGGGAGCCCUAUGGCCCCUGCUCGCGCACAUGUGGCGGGGGCGUGCAGCUGGCCAGGAGGCAGUGCACCAACCCCACUCCUGCCAACGGGGGCAAGUACUGCGAGGGAGUGAGGGUGAAAUACCGAUCCUGCAACCUGGAACCCUGCCCCAGUUCAGGUGAGGCAGGGAGAGCAGCGGUGGCCUGGGCCCAGGGGAGGCAAGGCUGGAGGUCACCCCUACCCCACCCCUACUUCAUCCCCGGAAGGAAGCUUCCGGGAGGAGGCAUUGGUGAAGGCUUUCCAAUUGGCUACAACCACAGCACCACGGGCGCAUCUGGCCGGUGGCUGAAUGAUUGGUUGCCAACAACCCCCAUUUCCCACCCCAGGCAUGGCUACAAUUUCGUGGUGGCCAUCCCCGCAGGCGCCUCAAGCAUCGACAUCCGCCAGCGUGGCUACAAGGGGCUGAUUGGGGAUGACAACUACCUGGCUCUGAAGAACAGCCAAGGCAAGUACCUGCUCAACGGGCACUUCGUGGUGUCCGCAGUGGAGCGGGACCUGGUGGUGAAGGGCAGCCUGUUGCGGUACAGCGGCACGGGCACAGCAGUGGAGAGCCUGCAGGCCUCCCGGCCCAUCCUGGAGCCGCUGACCGUGGAGGUCCUCUCCGUGGGGAAGAUGACACCGCCCCGGGUCCGCUACUCCUUCUAUCUGCCCAAAGAGCCUCGGGAGGACAAGUCCUCCCAUCCCAAGGACCCCCGGGGCCCUUCUGUCCUGCACAACAGCGUCCUCAGCCUCUCCAACCAGGUGGAGCAGCCGGACGACAGGCCCCCUGCACGCUGGGUGGCAGGCAGCUGGGGGCCGUGCUCUGUGAGCUGCGGCAGCGGCCUGCAGAAGCGGGCGGUGGACUGCCGGGGCUCCCCGGGGCAGCGCGCGGUCCCUGCCUGUGAUGCAGCCCAUCGGCCCGUGGAGACACAAGCCUGUGGGGAGCCCUGCCCCACCUGGGAGCUCAGCGCCUGGUCACCCUGCUCCAAGAGCUGCGGCCGGGGAUUUAAGAGGCGCCCGCUCAAGUGCGUGGGCCACGGAGGCCGGCUGCUGGCCCGGGACCAGUGCAACCUGCGCCGCAAGCCCCAGGAGCUGGACUUCUGUGUCUUGAGGCCGUGCUGAGUGGGGUCAUCCCUUUCUCCCCCUCACUCUCCACCCCACUGAUGUGCCAGCAUUCUGCCAGCUGGAGUAGUGGGCAGAGGACGGUGGCCAGGGGCUCACGCCACGAUGUCACCCACAUCCAGGGACAAGGACCAUGGGCUGGGGUGAGAGGUUCCCUCCUCCUCCCUGGACUGGGCAGAGGGAAGCCCAGACACUCCCGCACAGUCUACCUCAGGCCCCGCUCCUCGGGCCGGUUGCGGGAAGAGGCUUUGAGGUGCAGGGCAGAAGGUGCUGAGGCCCAGUUUCCAAGGGACCUGGAGGAUGGGCACCUUCCAGGCAGAACUUCAGGGACCCUGGCCCCCGGAAGGGAGGCCACAGGCUGCUGGAAGAGCCAUGUCUCAGCAGCUUGGCACCCUCAGGUGGCCCCAUGGGCUCUGAGCCGUGUCUGAAUGAGGCAGGGUUUUCACGGUGCUUUUAGCCCACCUUCUUUUUUGAACUGACCUGGACUAAGCAAUAAAAGCUGGCUGGGGCUGGGCAGAAGCCACGGGGAGAAUGAGAUUAGGGCCCCUGGAGCCUGGCACUCCACCGUGGAAGACGUGGAUGUAAACAGGGAGUCCUGAGGUUCCUCGUCCUGCACUCUUGGCCCUCCCUUAAAGAAGCAGCCUCUCCUUCCUCUGGUGUGCAGGGUGUAGGGCUGGUGGGGGGGGCUGCCACCGAAGCGUUCUCUGAGGCUCUGCAGGGAGUGGGGGAAGUCAGUAGGGAGCCUGCUGUCUUCUUCAAGAUGGAGCCGGCCAUUACAGAAAGACGUUGACAUUAGCUAGGGGCGAUGGAGUCUGUGGCUGAUGCAGGGAGUUUUUGGAAAGUUCUGGAGGGUUCUGCUGUCACUGGACUGGGGUUGGUGCUGAGCUCUGGGCCUGGCUUUGGGGGAUGUCACCCUGGGAUAGGGAGGAGGAGGCUGCAGUUCUGAUGGCUUCCUCCUCCAGAGAGGCACAUAUAUGCAGGCUGACAUCGGAGGGUCUGUGUCACCUCAGACAGCCCUGACAGUGGCCACAGGCCUGCACCCAUUGUGAGGGGGUGGGGCGUGCCUAUGAGGGCUAGGUGCUGAACAUCUGUGUGCCUAUAAACUCGUCUUCAUUCCAACAGCUACUGCUGUCUGCCCUGGGUACGUCACGUUGUAUCCCAGGCCUAAGCUUCUCCACUGUUUGCUACCUCAGAUUAUGCCCUCUAGGAACCCAGCCGUAUCCUCCACCUAGGACAGUGGUGACCUGGUCCUUCCACCACACUCAGCCUUUGGAGACUGAGCUUCCAGCCACAGAAAUGAGGGCGUGGUGUGUGGCUUCCUGCUCCCCACAGCCCAGCCCCCUGCUGGGCUCCAAAGCCAAAGACGGGGCCUCUUUCUUCAGACUCCUUGGGAGUAGGUUUCAGGAGGCACCAAGAAUCGAUGACUGACCCAGGGGGCCUGGCAGCCACUAGUAUGAACUGCUGGAGACCUGUCUGUCUUUUAGACAGGUCAGGAAAAUAGAAACAGGCGUUUUCUAUAGCUCCAAGUGGGGAGCUAUUUUGGGGUUAGAGCUGCUUUGGCUAAGCAGGGUGUUUCUUGAAGGUUUGGAUGCGCCACUGUGUACACGGGAUGUUCUGCUUCUGAGUGUAGGUGAUGGAUCCAGGGCCUCGGUGGAGAAUUUUAUUGAGCUAAAAUCAAAGCAUGUGUCUUCCUGGGAGAGAAGAGUUCAGCUCUUUUCUGUGGGUUUCCCUAAUAGUCAGAAUCCACAAGCCCACUCCCAGCCAAGCCUCUGCGACGAUGUUCUCAGCCGGGUCUAGCGCUGGGCUGGAGCCCUUGGACGGAGUUCAUGCAGGGGCAGAGGGGGUGCCAGUCUCUGAGGCAGGGCUGCAGUCACCCCUGAAGGACUAAGUGAAGAGGAACCCCUCUGUGCCAGUGGCCACUGUGGGCUACAGGGACUGAAGGACUAAGAGGAACCCCUCUGUGCCAGUGGCCACUGUGGGCUACAGGGACAAAAGGGACCAAGGUACCAGGCAGAAGCAGAUCCUCGCUAGCUGACGACAGCACUGCGCCCUGUGCUUGGUGCACUCCCUCCUUGAGGAGGAGAGGGUGGCAUGGGGGCUGUGCGGGAUGGCAGGGGGAGUGGGUGGGUGGGAAGAGAGGUGCCAUCGGUAGGAGGCUGGCCUCCAGUAGAGCAGAACAGCUUUUGCCAUCAGUACUUUACAAACCAUUUCAAGGAAGGACAACCACUCUGGCUCCUGACACAAGCCAGGCCUCAGUGCUUUUAUCUGUUGUGGUGUUUUUUUCUUUUUUCUUCUUUCCCCUUUUAAAAGACGCAUGACCAAGACAACCUAGGGAGUUUGUCUUGCUUGCCUUUGACUAUUUCCUUAAUCCAACCAUGCCCUCGAGGGCUGAGCAGAGACUAGACUCAAGACACAGGUUUCUGGUGAUGGAGUAAAGUUACAGCGGUAUCUCAUGUCUACACAAGAAGAGGAACGUUCUGAAAGCUCCAACAACUACUUCAGGGGGAUGGACCAGUAUGGCUUUGGGCCCAGGAUUCCCCAGCCUCCUCUGCCCGUUGCAUGCACUGAUUGGAGGAGUCUGGCCCAAACACUCUCGUAUGGGCCUCGUCAUGCUGGAGUGGGGUCUGGCAGGAGCUGAUGACAGUUUGAGGGACUUGAGUGUCCCUGGCCUGGCAGUUGCCUCCCGGAACACUAGACACUGACACUCACUGGUAGACCCUCCCUCCCCGCCAUUCUGUUUGGUUCUUUUGCAUUCCAUGUACUGCAGAAGGAUGGAAGGACCUGGGUGCUGGCUGGGCUGUGUAUACUGUGUAUACAGGGGAGCUGGCUGCUGAGGUGACCACAGCCUUCUCCUAAUAAAGCUGGAAGUGUUUAAAACCUG